AUGUCCACCGCUUUCGAUCCGUCAAUGUCCAUCGGCCACAGCCGCCAAACACUGGCCUCCGCCGGUCCCUCCGCCGCCGACACGCUGCCCAGCAUCGACUUCGGCUUCGACGAUUUGCGCGAGCGCAUGGCCAAGUUCACGGCCAAAUUCGACGCCUUUAUUGAGCAGGGCCGCAAGCGUGUGCUGGAAGAGCGCAACCAGUUUCGCUCCAACAUGGCUGAGCUUCAAGAGGACGAACGGAUGAAGCGCAGAGACAUUGAAAUCGCCCAAGUCAAACUGUCGACGCACCAGCAAACCAUCGAAAAGGAAGAAGCCGAGAAGCGCGAGAUGGAAAGCGCAAUCGCUUCUCUCGCCGCCCAGCGCGACAGCCACAUCGCCGCCCGCGACAGCCUCAAGGCCCAGAUCGCCGAGACGCAGGCCGAGAUCGAGUCGCGGCUGGCCGCCCAGCGCGCGUACAUGAAGCAGAAGGAGGCGCAGACGCGGUACAACGUGCCCGAGCUGGACUUUUGGAUCACGAACCUGUGUCUGCGGAUCGAGGGCGCGGGCAAGGACGAUAGGCUCAAGUUCGUGUAUACGCACAUUGACGAGAAGAACUGGGAGCGCGAGGCGUGGUUCGAGCUGGUGACGAGCUCGAGGGACUACGACGUGAAGCAUUGCCGGCCGAAGCUGGAGCGGGAGAGCGUGGAGAGGGUGCUGGAUAGGGUGAAUGAGACGAGGGAGCUGGUGGUGCUGCUGAAGGGGAUGAGGGAGCUCACAUCAGCCAUGCCCAAAGCCGACAAACACGCCGCGGCAUCUCAAGCCGUCGACAUUCUCGAGGAAAUCUCCGCCAUGCUGAACUGCCACAUGGACCGCCGCAUGCUUUCCACUUGCAUCUCAUUGAUCGAGCAGGGCGUCCAUCCGGAAUCUCUCGUCCAAGUCAUCAAGGAGCUGCGUGAGAUUGCCGACGAGACGAGGCGGGAGCAGCAGGAGGCUGCCGCAGCCAACAGUCGGUGA